CUUAAUCCACAAAAUGUGUACUCAAAUGUUCCAAAUAAUUUAGCCACACCAACACAUUUUGCAAAUAAUUAUCCUAUUAUACCUGAUCAGACAAAUAUAGAAGUAGAGCCAAUAUGGAAUCAAACCCAACACGUGCAGUACCAGAUUAUGCCGUACCAGCCUAUGCAGUACCAGCCUAUGCAGUUCCAGCCCAUGCAUCACCAGCCAAUGCAGCAUCAAUCAAUACAAAACCAGCAGAUACAAUGCACUCAAAAAUUGGUAGUCAGGAUCCUAAAAUAUGCAAUUGGAAGUCCCGAGAUGCAGCUCGGCACAACCAAUGUCAAAGGCGCAAGAAAUCUAGCCUACCUAUAGCCCGAAAAUAUUGGAAAUGCUGGCUACCACGGCAAGGCAAGCGACAAUAUUACAGCGCUGUGCUUAGCGUAAAGAGUGAGACAAAAUGCGAAUUCUGUUGGGCUACUUUUAAAGUCGCCUGCACUAGGCUAGUGCAGGCUAAGCAUAGGGUAGAGUCGUCGGUAGUAGCGCUACGCUACGGGGAGCGUACAAUAAUUAUAACAACUUCGGAGAUAAACUAAAAAGUGGCUUUGUUUUAUUUUAGAUUUUUAGAUACUUAGGUAUUGCAUCAAAAUUUAUAAAUUACAGUUUUGGAAUAACUAAUUUAUAUUAAUAAAUAAUUUAUUAUUGUACAUUUGAAGAGGUUAGGCGGCGCCUACCUUGCCUACCCUGACGGGCCGCCCCUGCGUCUUAGCGAAUUCGGCUUGUGGUUGUUAGAGGGGAAUUAUUAAAAUCCGUGCACUCAAGAAAUAUAAUUUAUUCUUUCUGAUUUUGAUCAUUAUUUUUUUAAUUUGUAUGUACUUGUAGGCUUGUAGAGUAUGUUAUGUACACAAAUAUCCAUCUAACAUUACAAAAUGUUAGGGGAACCUCCUUACCACUUAGGGAUAUUAAAAUCGUUUACGAUCGAUUCUAAGACCUACUGAAUAUACAUAGGUAUAUAAUUUCAUAAAAAUUGGUCAAGCGAUCUCGGAGGAGUAUGGCAACUAACACUGUGACAGGAGAAUUUUAUGGAUGUAAAUAUAUAGAUGGCUAUUAAAAAAUGGGGUUUGAUGAUAGGAGGGUGAAAAUUAAGGAUUGUGUAUGUAUUUUUUAAUAUGUAAUUUAUCAUAUAAAAUUAAGAUAGAGAAUUUUGUCAAAAAAAUGUAAGGUGCAACCCCUCUUACAACUUAUGAGUAUGAAAAAUUUAUUACAACCUAUUCUCAGUCCUGCAGGAUAUACGUGUAAAAUUUCAUAAAAUCGGUCAAGCCGUUUCGGAGGAGUAUGGUAACUAACGCUGUGAUAUGAUAAUUUUAUGUAUAUAGUAGUAACUGCAAAUUAAAUAUUAAAAGUGAUUAACUUUGACAGUAAUUAACCUAGGCGAAAAUGUUUUUUGAAAAUUCGGGUAAAAAUACCAGCUUUUAAAAUCCCAAAGUAGAUUUAGUCUGCAGUAAAUAUUAACAAAGUAAUUCAAAUUGUUUAUAAGCCAGAAAUGACUCUACUUUAGUAGAAUGUUUUCGGAAUGGUAAAAAUGACUUUUUAUUGAUUUUUUAAAUACUUUGAAAACACAAGUAUUUUUCUUUCAUGUGGUAUCCACAGAACUGCUGCAUCAUUAUU